UUUUUAGUUGGAGAGGUCCCUGUCUUCAAGUGCAUUUUCUUUGCUUACUCAACCCUCCAAGACAUCACACACUCACCUCUCUCUCUCUCUCUCUCAACCAUUCCACCUUCUCCAUUUUUUCCAUAAUUUUAUGAUCCUCUCAGACAAAUAGAAUGAAAAAAAGAUCAAGAGUUGGUGUGGGGAAUGAUGGGUUAAAUAGGAAGAUAGAUUGGGAGCUGAGGCCUGGUGGAAUGCUUGUUCAAAAGAGAGACACUGGGGAUGCCAAUUCUGGGAUUAUGAUCAAGAUCAAGGUUUCUCAUGGUUCUUAUUACCAUGAUCUCAUUGUCCAUGCUCAAUCCACUUUUGGUGAUCUGAAAAGAGUUCUUGCCCAUGACACUGGUUUGGAGCCAAAGGAGCAAAGAUUGUUGUUCAGAGGGAAAGAGAAGGAAGAUAAUGAAUGUCUGCACAUUGCUGGCGUGAAAGAUAUGUCGAAGAUUGUAUUACUAGAGGACCCAGCUAGCAAAGAGAAGAAGCUUGAGGAGAUGAAGAAAAAUCAAGGCAUAUUGAAAGCCUAUGAGCAGGUUGCCAAAGUCAGAGCACAGGUUGACAAGCUCUCUCAAAAGGUUGUUGAUUUGGAGACAACUCUGCUAAGUGGCACCACCGUUUCAGAUAAGGAGAUUGUGGCCUUAACGGAGUUACUCAUGGUGGAGUUAUUUAAAUUGGAUUCGAUUGUAGCUGAUGGAGAAGCAAAAGUGCAGAGGCGGGUCGAGGUUCGUCGUGUGCAGAGCUUUGUUGACACACUCGACAAUCUGAAGGCGAGAAACCCUAAUCCAUUCAGCAAGAAGAGUAUCAACGCGGUCUCGGUCACUACAAAAUGGGAGAGGUUUGAGUUGGGGGUUGGAAGCCUGCAUGCCCCAACCCCAUCGCCAUCUUCUACCAAAAUAACUCAGGAUUGGGAACUGUUUGACUAAGCAUAUUAUGUUCAUCAUAUUAUACCGGUUUUGUAUAAAUUUGGAAGGACUUAUAUAUACCUAUACAUAUAUGUAUAUUGUCAUAGAACCCGAACCCAUUUGGUACAAUUUUGUACACUGCAUUUUGAUUGGUGAAAUGUUGUCUUUGGUAACAACUGAGGGAAGGGUUCCUCGGACAAUUUAUACAUCUGUAAAUAUGGUUUUCCAAAUGUAUUGCUUGGUUCUGAUGCC